UCUACUUCCUGAGAGAGAUGAAGCAAAAUGAAGCUGCUGAUACUCUAGAAGAUGAGCUCGUCUUCAUUCACCACUUAAAAUGUAAUCUGAAGAAGAAGUAUCAGUGUGUAUUUGAAGGAAUUGCAAAGCAAGGUGACUCCAUACUUCUGAAUAACAUCUACACAGAUCUCUAUAUCACUCAGGGUUGUAGUGAACAGGUCAAUACUGAACAUGAGGUAAGACAGAUUGAAGUUGCUUCCAGGCGUCACAAAUCACAAGAGAUACCAAUUGAGUGCAAAAAUUUGUUUGAAACAUCUGAAGAAGACAAGCAGAUCAGAACUGUACUAACAAAAGGAGUUGCUGGCAUUGGAAAAUCAGUCUCUGUGCAAAAGUUUAUUCUGGAUUGGGCUGAAGGAAAAGAAAAUCAGGAUAUCAGCUUCAUAUUUCCUCUUCCUUUUCGGGAGAUGAACUUAAAGGAUGAAGAAAAACAAAGUUUGAUGGACCUUAUAACUCAGUUUUUCCCUGAGACAAAAAGACUGAACCUUACAAGAAGAAAUAAAUUCAAAGUCCUGUUCAUUCUUGAUGGAUUGGACGAAUGUCGUCUUCCUCUAAACUUUGAGGGUAAUGAAACAUGGCGUGAUGUAUCGUCACCAGCCUCUCUGGAUGUUCUCCUGACAAACCUCAUCAAGGGAAAUCUGCUUCCUUCUGCUCUCAUCUGGAUCACCACCAGACCAGCAGCUGCCAGUAAGAUUCCUCCUGACUGUAUCAACCAGGUGACAGAGAUACGAGGAUUCAAUGAUGCACAAAAGGAGGAGUACUUCAGAAAAAGAUUCACAGAUGAGAAUCUGGGCAACAAAGUCAUUGAUCAUGUUAAAAAAUCUAAGAGUCUCUUUAUCAUGUGCCACAUCCCAGUCUUCUGCUGGAUUUCAGCCACUGUUCUCCAGAAUAUUUUAGAGAAGAAAAUAAAUAAUGAUCCUAAAAAUAAUCAGACUGAUGAAGUCUCCAAAACACUGCAAGAAUCAAACACCGAAGACACUCCCAAGACUCUGACACAAAUGUACACACACUUUCUCCGCUUUCAGAUCCAGCAGAGCAGACGAAAGUAUGAUGGAAAAUACACACCAGAUGUUUCGUGGGAUAAAGAUGCCAUCCUUUCACUGGGAAAACUGGCAUUUCAUCAGUUGGAAAGAAACAACCUGCUUUUCUAUGACACCGACCUGGAAGAUUGUGGUAUUGACAUAUCUAAAGCAUCAGUGUAUUCAGGCAUGUGUACCCAGAUCUUUAAGGAGGAAACGGGGAUUAUUCUUGGUACCAUGUACUGCUUUGUUCACUUAAGCAUUCAAGAGUUCAUUGCAGCCCUUUAUGCACAUCUGUUUCUAGACAUCAACAAGAAAAGUGUGUUUGUUCAGGACUGUAGAAAACAGGGAAACAAAAAUAAAACCAUGAUUGAUUUGCUCAAGACUGCAGUGGAUAAGGCACUUGAGAGUGACAAUGGACACCUGGACCUUUUCCUUCGCUUCCUUCUCGGUCUGUCACUCCAGUCCAAUCGACAACUCUUACAAGGACUGUUGACCCAAAAAGAUGUCAGUGACCAGAGCAAAAAGGAAAUAGUUCAGUACAUCAAGCAGAAAUUUGAAGCUAAUCUGUCUCCAGAGAGAUCCAUCAAUCUGUUUUACUGUCUGAAUGAACUGAAUGACCAAACUCUGGUGAAAGAGAUUCAGACUCACCUUAGCAAUGGAAGUCUGUCAUCUUCUGAUCUUUCACCUGCCCAGUGGUCUGCUUUGACCUUUGUGUUGUUGACAUCAGAGAAGGAGCUGGAGGAGUUUGAGCUUCAGAAAUUCAAGAAAUCAGAUGAGUGUCUCAUUAGAUUAUCAGCAGUCAUCAAAACCUCCAAAAGAGCUCUACUAAAUGAUUGUAGCUUAUCAGACAGAAGCUGUUCAGCUUUGGCUACAGUUAUCAGAUCAGAUACCAAUCUAAAAGACCUGAACAUGAACAAUAAUAAUCUGCAAGAUUCAGGAUUGAUUAAUCUCUGCAUUGGACUAAGGGAUAUAAAGUGUAAAUUGGAGAUAUUGAGCCUUAGAAAGUGUGAUUUAACAAAGGAAAGCUGUUCAGCUCUCGCUUCAGUUCUCAGCUCAGACUCCAGUCUGAAGGAUCUUGACCUGAGCAAUAAUAAUCUACAGGAUUCAGGAGUGAAGCUGCUUUCUGAUGGACUGAAAGAGAGCUGUAAACUGGAGAUACUCAAACUUUCAUUUUGCAGUAUCACUGAAGAAGGUUAUAAAGCUCUGGCUUCAGCUCUGAGAUCAAACCCUUCACACCUGAAAGAGCUGGAUCUCACAGGAAAUGAUCCUGGACAAUCAGGAGUGAAAGAGCUCAGUGAUUUACUGCAAUAUCAAAACUGCCAACUAAAACUGAGGUUGUUGGAUCAUGCUGCAGAUGAAGCCUGUCAGUAUGUGACUGGGGUUGUGGGUAAAAACCUGUUACUCCUGAGAGAGUUGAAUCUGAGUGAACACAAACUAGACUCAAAAUUAAAGCAGCUUGCUGCUCUAUUGGCAGAUAAACACUGCAAAUUGAACAAACUGAUCCUGAAUAAUAGUGUUAUCACAGAAGAAAAUUGUUGUUCUCUGGUAUCAGCUUUAAAUUCAAACCCUUCAAAUCUGAAAGAACUGGAUUUGAGCGGAAGUAAUCUCAGAGACUCAGGAAUAAAGAUAAUCUCAACUCUGUUUGAGAAUGGACAGUGUAGACUGGUAAAGCUGAAACUUUCAGACUGCUGUAUCACUGAAGAAGGUUAUAAAGCUCUGGCUUCAGCUCUGAGAUCAAACCCUUCACACCUGAUAGAGCUGGAUCUCACAGGAAAUGAUCCUGGACUAUCAGGAGUGAAGGAGAUCAAUGAUUUACUACAGGAUCAAAACUGUCAGCUGAAGACAAUGAGGUUUUUGGGUCCUGUUGCAUAUCAAGCCUGUCGGUAUGUGAAUAGAGUUGUGGGUAAAAACCUGUUACUCCUAAGAGAGCUGAAUCUGAGUGGACGUGAACUAGGAGACACACGAGUGAAUCAGAUCGCUGCUCUACUGCAGGAUAAACACUGUAAACUAAACAAACUUAUUCUGUGUGAUUGUAGCAUUGCAGAGAAACAGUGUCUCACCCUGACUUCAGCUCUGAAAUCAAACCCAUCACACCUGAGAGAACUGGACCUCAGUGGGAAUGAACUAAGGAACACUGGAGUGAAUCACUUAUGUGAUGUACUGAAGGAUUCACACUGUAAACUAGAGAGAUUGAGGUUAGAAUACUGUGAUAUGACAGAUGAAGGUUGUUCCACUCUGACUUCAGCUCUGAAAUCAAACCCAUCACACCUGAGAGAACUGGCACUAAGCAGAAAUAAACUAGGAGACUCUGCAGUGAAAAACCUCAGUGAUCUACUGAUAAACCCACAAUGCAAGCUGGAGAAACUAAAGCUGUUCCAUUGCAGUAUUAAAGAGAAACAGUGUCUCAUCCUGACUUCAGCUCUGAAAUCAAACCCAUCACACUUGAGAGAACUGGACCUCAGCUGGAAUAAAAUAAAAAACACAGGAGGGAAUCACUUAUGUGACAUACUGAAGGAUUCACAUUGUAAACUGGAGAGAUUGAGAUUAAGAUACUGUGAUAUGACAGACAAAGGUUGUUCUGCUCUGACUUCAGCUCUGAAAUCAAACCCAUCACACCUGAGAGAACUGGACCUGAGUGGAAAUAAACCACGAGACUCUGGAGUCAAAAAUCUCAGUGAUCUACUGAUGAACCCACAAUGCAAGCUGGCAAAACUAGAUCUGUGUGAUUGCAGUAUUACAGAGAAACAGUGUCUCAUCCUGACAUCAGCUCUGAAAUCAAACCCAUCACACCUGAGAGAACUGGACCUGAGUGGAAAUGAAAUAAAAAACACAGGAGUGAAUCACUUAUGUGACAUACUGAAGGAUUCACACUGUAAACUGGAGAGAUUGAGUCUAAAUGACUGUGGCAUUACAGAUGUUUCUUCUUUAACUCAGUCUUUGACCAACACAAGAGCACUGCAGUUUUUAAAAGAGCUUGAUCUGAGCAACAAUAUGAUUGGUGACUCAAAGCAGCAGCUCAUUGAUGUGCUACAAGACUCAAACUGUAACCUGAGGUGA